AUGCCAACGGCCUAUUCCAGAGAGAUCUUCGGUAGCUGGACCACCCUCCGAGACAUUUUGGGACGUCGCGAGGAGGUGAUUCGAAAACGCUGGGCAUGCCCCGAGCGACAUCGACUCGAUUUCUACGAGCUUGAGAAGACCGGAUCCCGUGCUGCGUCCAGAAAUAUCGAGGCUUUCAAAUAUCCCCAUGUCAACCAAGAAGAUCUUCUUCAAGGCAGAGGAUUGUUAUUAUUCUUAGAUUCACGCGGUCGAAAUCCACCCCAGACCUUCGCCCACGCCGAUCUCAACGCAACGCAUGUUGGACAGACUAGCAAGAUGAUCAUACCGGUAUUCCUCAACGAAUACACAAUGUACAUCGCUAGCGAAUCAGAGCUAGAUAGCUACAGUCGCCUGGUUAGCUGGGACGAUGACGACGACCUUCCUGGGCAACCAGAGCCGCCCCCGAUUGUUGCUUCUGGGACCUCCUAUGCACAACUUUCUUCAGUAGCAGCAGAAGCGCCAUACAGACUACCGGCCAAGCUUGAUACACGUCGACUUGUUAUCCUAGUAGAGGCCAAGCGAGCUGCUGCCGAAGACCAUGUUUGGGAUCUCAGAGAAGAUCCAGGGUAUUUCGCAUCGGUGGCCGUUGAUCAAGCGCAGCAUCGCCAGGAAAGCCUUCUCGACAUAAGGGGCCAAGGCCAUCCACACGACGAUAACGAAGUUUUCUGGAACCGAGUGAUAGGAAGCGUGGCGAGCGAGGCUUACAUAUCCUUUCUCAGUUGGGAUUUGCUUUACAACUACGCAGUCAGUCUCGACGAUGCAUUCAAAUCUGCCCGAACCCUUGACCAUGACCAACCUCUGCCCGAGAAGCUCGAGGCCGCCCUGGUGGAGUUGUGCAUCGCUGCCGAAAUGGUCUCAAAAGGUCUGAUUAGAGCUCUGAAAUCCAGCGUGCCAGCUUCGCCACCAAUGCGCGAGCGCUUUGUUCGAGAACCCCAACAACCAGGAACAAGAACCCUAGCGCAGCUUUCUAACCGUGUAGAUGAGUUACAGCGAUGCGUUGACCACGAUUCUGGUCAGAAGGGCAGAAUGUCGUCCUGUGUCACCGGGUAUUUCUCCGACCUAGCCCUCAUUGCGCAAAUUGUUCUGCAGACCCGGGGUCCAGGAUACACUAAAGCAACUGAAGACGCAGCAACUGUGUAUCAAUUUUUCCGUGAAGACAUCACUCCGAACCUCGCGCGCAUCGUCGUCCCACUCUCACGACACUUGAAAUAUCCCAAGGAAAGGGCCCACAACCUGACAAACGUGAACGCCUGCCGCCAGGCCGAAGGUCAACUGGAUAGGUUGUGGAAGGUGGUCGAUGCGCAUUUUCGAAAACAUACCAGCAAGACACUUCACGAGAGAUUCCUCCGUCGCGGUGUGAAAGCUGGAGAGAUCCAUCGCACGCCAGAAUGGACACCUCCACCAAGACUGUCCCCGCCGCCUGACAAGGACAAAGAAAAUGAAGCUCUUGGCGACUCAUUUUCCCGAGGCCUUGAUAUCGAACCCGACACACCAGGCAAAUUCAAAGGACCCGAAGUGUUUCGAGCAUCCAAGAUCAAAACCCGCAGCCCAUCUCACCCGCCCGAUUCCGGCGGCGGCGCAACACCACCUGUACCCGACGAACCGACUUCCUGUUCGACGCCCGCCUCGCCAGUCUUCACCCUCCCGCGACGCGCAUACAAAGUCUUCGCCGCUCCCUUCCCAACACCCUCCAACCCCUCCCACCAGGGCGGCGAAAUGGCCUGGACGGAUUGCCUGCACGCCAUGACGAGCAUCGGCUUCGCAGCGUAG